AUGACUCUCCCAUUAGGAGCCGUGCAGCUAGCCGUGAUCUCAUUCAUCGUGGGCCCCAUGGCUAUCAUCGCUGUGGCGCUCAGACUGUGGUCCAGAUAUCUACAAGGAAGGAAGCUCGCUGCAAACGAUUACUUGGCACUGGUAGCAUUGGUACUGGCUGAAUCUGCUUUGUCCGUGUUUCUGGCAGCUGGCUUUGCUGCUGGCUUGGGAGUUCAUUUAGAGGAGCUUUUAGCAACGGCGCCUCAAAAGUUUGCUCUACACAUGAAGCUUUUCGUGCCUGCACAACUGCUGUGGGCAGCGGCGAACUCGUGUGUCAAGGCUUCAAUAUUGUACCUCUACAUCGACCUCUUUCCAAAUAAGGUCUUUUGCCGUUUGUGCUAUGGCACACUGUUCAUCACUGCCGCGUAUUUCACCAUGGUACUGAUCGAAGCCUUCGCGCUUUGCAAACCGGUCCAAUAUAACUGGGAUAAAUCGAUUGAAGGACAUUGCACUGGUGAAAAUAUUGCCUACCUCGUUGCUGGCAUUGUCAAUCUCACUAUUGACACUUUCAUUGUUGUUCUACCGAUGCCUCUGGUUUUCAACUUACAACUGAUUUUAUCCAAAAAGAUUGCCGUCUCUGCAAUGUUUAGCCUCGGGGCGUUUGGCACACUCCAUGGCGCGAAAGGUAGUUCCAACAGCGGUGGUGUUUAUAGUAGCAGAUCGAGUCGAAAGCUCAACGGAAAAGUGAAAGGCAACCUUACUCGGGAUUUCGAACAGCUUGAUGAUGAACUUGCACUAAAUGAAGUGCACAUCAACAAUCAUUCUACUGUCGGUCUCGUCAGCGGUGACCACAAAUUGUCGAGCCCAGAUUUAUGUUGA